AAAGAUCAAGACCAAUCAACACACUGACUGACUGAGAAGUCCUGUGUGUGUAUGUCUUUCGGUGAUCGUCUUCCCGUUAACAUCUCAUCCAUCCAUUACUGUUCCUUACAGCUUCCACUCUGCCUCCCUUACUGAUACACAGCCUGGGCCUCCUUAAAGCAUCCAAGAACAGGUGGAGGAAAUUGGAGCAGUCAGUUGACACAGAUCUUGGGCGAAUAUUCUCGUCUUGCUUAGUAGCAUUGGCGUGCCUUGCCACCCGGAGUCAAGCAUGAGUCUUGUUCAGUGCUACAAUAAGGGCUGUGGCCAGAAAUUCAAGUUGGAGGAAAAUAGUGAAGAUGCAUGUGAAUACCACCCUGGUGCACCAAUCUUCCAUGAUGCUUACAAAGGCUGGUCAUGCUGCAAUAAGAAAAGUACAGAUUUCACCACAUUUCUCAACACAAAGGGAUGUACGAAAGGAAAACACAAUCCUGAGAAGCCACCUGAACCAGAGAAACGCAAGGUUGACCCCAGCACACGAGAUGAGGUAAUUGUUGUGAAGGCACCCUCCCAAACAUCUCAGGCUCUCCCAAGACCAGACUUUAAUACUCCCACCAGCCGACUCCCUAUCACUGUUUCACCAUCUUUGAAGCAGGCCCUUGAGAAGAAGGCUGCUGAGGAGAAAACUGAUAACAGUGCUGAGGAAGGGGAGAUGACAGAAUCAGGUAUCAAGAUUGGGGAGAACUGCAAGAAUAAUGGCUGCAAAUCUACUUAUGAGGGAGAUCACAGUAAUUUGGAUAUGUGCAAACAUCACCCAGGCUAUCCAGUCUUCCAUGAGGGACUUAAAUACUGGACUUGCUGCCAGAAGAAGACAACAGAUUUUUCAGAGUUCCUAGAGCAGGCUGGGUGCUCAACAGGUCAUCACUGCUGGGUUAAGCUAGAUUCUAAGAAAGUGGCCACAUGUCGUUAUGACUGGCACCAGACACCAACCCAUGUUUGUGUUGCCAUCUAUGCCAAGCUUUGUGAUCCUGCCAUCACCUAUGUUGAGGUGAACCCUAUCAGACUGAAUGCCAACAUCGUAUUUGCAGAUGCAAAUGUGUUCACGUUGGAUGUUGAGUUACGAGGGAUUGUUGAUGUUCAGCAAAGCAGUGUGAACUUGGCUGCAACUAAGGUAGAAAUCAAGCUAAGGAAAGCUGAGCCAUCCAGUUGGAGAACCUUGAUAAUUGAAAAAGCACUUCCCUCAGAGAACAAGACUGAUGAUGAGAAGGCCAAGUGUGAAGAGUUAGAACAGAGAGUGGAUGCUGUAGAUCUCAGUGACCUCUGAACCAAAACCCAGGGGUAGCUUACUGAAAUGACCUAUCAUGCUUUUAGACCAGAAUGCAGUGCAAUAUAAUGUAGUUGCCAGAGCAAUGCUGUUUUGUCAAAUUAGGAUAUUUGAAAAAAUAUGAUUUUUCAUUUCUUAGAAAUUCAUAGGAUAUUAGAUAAAAUUUGCAAGCGCACAUAUAAACUAUGACAGAAAUGAUAAUCCAUGUUUCCUACUUGCACAAAACAUGUGUGCUUGCCAAGUUACACUUUUUUCCCAAUGCAUUGCAUCUUGAUCACUACUUGACUUUUUUAAAUUGUCUGAUAAGAAUGACUGAUGAAAAGAUUAUUAUAAAUUUGACAGAAAACA